ACUCCCAAGAGCAGUAGGAAGUCAUGAGUGUGAUGCGUAGAAGUGCGUGAGUCAUCUGGGGCUUGGUCGUCCCAUCAGACACCUGUAGUGCUCAGGAGAGAGGCACGGUUGAGGAAGAGCACCUUCCAUUGAUGGAGCUAAACAAAUGGGGCAUUAGACCUGAAGACUGGGUGAGGAGAGAGGGAGUCCGAGGGAGGGAGGGAGGUAGCGAGGGAGCAAAUGAGUUUCUGUGGCUGAUCUGGCAGUCUUAACCCUGGGGCUUGCUCUGACCUUUUGGAGCUGAAAGAGCAGGCAGGUAAACAGAGAUUCUCCUGUGGACUCUGGAGGUUAUCUGGAUGGACAGGUUAGGAGGCUGUCGGUAAAUGCACUCCCCUCACUGGGUUCUAUACUGGGGGCACAAUAGCAAGUGGUACUCAUGCGUGGUGCUUUGGGAAGCUUUGAGUGUGCCCCUUCUGUACCCAGCCUGGCCUCCCUGCUUAGUCACGUCUACCCAGACUGCUACAGGACAGGGCCAGAUUGCAUGGGCAGGGGCGUAGGACUCAUUGUCGUUGGGAAGAAGCUUCUGAAAGAACCCAACAAAUACAUUUGUUCAGUUCCUCUCCAGCUCACCAGAAGCAUUGACAGAGGCCUAUCGAGUGACCAAAGCGUCUCGGCGUGUUCUCAGUCCUCCGUUGGUGGUGCUAGCCCAGUGAGCCGCCUCACCUCCUGUUCAGGCAGCGCUGGCUGUGCCACGGGCUUCUCCACCGAACACAGCUCCAUCUACUCCUGGAGAUACGAUGAGUUCGACAGGGCAAACACUCAGCAUGUAAGACAACUCUUCACUGCACUGGAUGAGCUGCUGUACGAAGGGAAGCUGAGCAGUAAAUCUGAGGCCCUGCAGAAAGAGUGUGAGGAAUGGAACACACACUCUCCCCACCUCAGGAUUUUAGGAAAUCAGUUGGAGCCUCCGAAGCAGGAGGGGGUGCAGUAUGUGCACAGGAGAGCCACUAGUGCUAGAACUGCUCCAUCACCUUCCUGCCUAGACAAGAGAGAAGAUCACAGCGAUCUGUGUGUGGAGGGCCACAGACUAGCCCCAGGCCCCUGGUCUCUGUGCUCCAGGCUGCAUCUUUCGGAGCUCUCUUUGUCUCAUAUCCAGCAAGAAGAGGAGGUCUAUGAGGCCGAGGGCAGGAUAGAGGAGUUCCUUGCUUACGAUGGAAAAGAAAUGGAAAAUGAGGGGGUGGAUCAGAGGAAGGCCUCAGCUGCGGCCUCCCGGGACGGGGUCCCCCCAGUGUCCCCCAAAGCUUGCAUCCGCGACGCAGUGGCUGAUGAGCUUUUUGAUGACGUAUGGCGGGAAGUAGUGGGCCUACUGGAUGAGCUCUUACACAAACACUGGGAAAAGCAGAGCUCUGAUGGACCAGCACAGAGAAGGACACUGGAGAUCUCCAGCCAAAUUUUGUGUGAAACUUCGUCUCACCUCCCGUCUCGGGGCCAUCACGUUUCCCCUAGCCGAGGCCCUAAUAGCAGGAGCAUGUUCCUAUGGGCCAACAGCAAUAAUGCACAGGACUCAAGUGUCUUGAAGAUUAAUUUAAACGGCGUUAUGACAAUCCAGGCAAAGCCUCUGCAACAGAGACAGCAGGGAUUUGGCGAAAGGUCUCUGUGUGACUCAGACGAUGGAGCCAGCUCACUGACGUGUGUAAAGACCCAGGGGCAAAGAGGGACGAGUGCACUCUCACACAAACCUGCAAUCCAGCGGAUGCUCCCCAGGCUCAAUGGCAGAGCCAGGCUGCGCCAGAUUCUCCCAGCACAAAGCACCCAGGUCCUACGAGGAACCAGACUAUCCACUGUGGCUGAGGACCUGCUCUCCUCACCUGUGAGUGCAGUGCAGAACAACAGGCUUCCUCUCAUCCACAAUGAUUCUACCGAACAAGACUAUAACACUUCUGCUCCCAGACAUACGCAGCUCAGAGGGAGGAUCAUGAGAGGUGGAGUGGCUGGCACCAUGAAUGCUGUGUCCAGCCUGCCACCCCUGAGAGAGCCCACUCUACUACUGGAGUCCCUGUCCCGACCCAACACCACACACACAUUCAGAUCGGAUACGCCCCUGAAAAGUUCUUUCACACCUAUGGACUUUGCCUGUAAUAUGAGGAUGGGGAGAGGCCUUCUGGCAGGAGAUUUCUCCAGAACAGGUCAUGGCACACCUAUGGGUGUGACAGGCUUCAGCAUCACUUGUUCCACGGCCAGCGGCUUUUCUGAGUGUGCCACACCCCUAAAGAAACGCACACACCUCCUGUCCUCCACUGAUGGGGAGGGACGGAAUACACCGCUACUCGGAUCUAUAGGUCCUCGGAAGGCAUUGAGUCGGUUUCCAGUACCUGCGCGAAAGAAGUUUCAGGUGGUAUUGUCAUAGACAGCUAUUUUUUUACCAUAUUGUGGGACAGUCUGCAGUACUGUGUAUGGAUGAAAUCAUUUUGGUGCUUUUUUUGUUUCUCUAAAAUACCCAUACAUAACAGUAUGCUUCCUAUUUGCACUAACAAAUUGCGUUGCUGACCAGAUUGUAUAUAAGAUGAGCAGUACACAGUGCUUUUAGCAGUUAUGUGAACAUGCUGAAAAGGGUUAAAAGAUGGGAUUAACACAUGGAACAGU